AUGAAUUCUAACGGCCGGGACACUUCGACGUCCACUUAUUCUGGGUCUGAAAGGUCCAAUAAUUCGUCAACCAACAAUUACUCUUCUACUUUGGCAGAUGCUACUCUUGGCGAUAAUGAACAUCCUACCUUCGCUGUAGAGCAAGUUCAGCUUGGGUUCGAACUCGACAAUGCAUUGAUCCAAUUAUGUGUUCAGAAUAAUAUUAUGUUCUUGAUACUUCAAACACAUGUCCUUAGAAUUGAUCUCGAUAAUCCUUCCACCGUUGGAAGGUAUUCAGUACCUAGUAUGUCCUCUGCAGUUGGAAGCACAAUCACUAAUGCAUGGCUCCACCCAAGUGGAAACCACUUUAUUAUUCAAACUAACGGAGUCAACUACUACUAUCUCAACGAGUCUUAUAGUAAGUUCAAGGCCUUACCAAAAUUCAAAAACUUAAAUAUCAGUCAAAUUGCAUUCCCCCACGAUCAGUCUACAGCUUCAGACAAAUCAACUGGUGAUUUCCUAAUUGGAACAAACGAGGGCCACAUAUACUUGGCUCAAUUAAAACCUCACGAUCCAGAAACUCAAGAUAGCAAACGAGAUGAGAAGUACAUAAAAUUGGUAUUCAAAUAUCAGCAUGCCGAAGUUCCUGUGCUUUCUGGCUUAACAUUUACGAACAAUAAUUCCCAGAUCAAUGCAUUCUUGAAUAAUAACUUAUAUGUUUGGGAUUGUUUUGACACUUCCUAUUCAGAAUUAACCAAAGUUUUCAAAACAAAUCCCAAAGUUGUGUCAUUUCAGUCCGAUCUUACAGGCAAAUCUACUCCUAUUUUCGCAUCCAAUGGUCACCUGUACGUCUACAUCUUUUCAAAGUCCAAUGAGAUUCUUACGAAUGACGAAGAGAUCUUGUUGUCACAAGCCGAAAAGCUUGACACUUCCAAGAUAAAUGAGAAUAUCAGCUUAUCAAGCAACAGUAUAAUAGUAACUCCGCAUCAUUUGGUUACAUUCAACGACGCACAUGAUAAGUUGAUAUCUUUCAACAAGUUGUCUUUGUCCAAUGCAUCGAGCCCUCCUGUCGAGUUGAACUUGAAAAGCUUUUGUAACCCUGGUGAAUAUUUAUUUGGAAUAACAGCUGAUUUCAAGAAUAAUACAUACUGGAUUUUUUCCAACAACUCUAUUUAUGAAUUAAUCAUUCGGAACGAGGCUGUAUCCGUUUGGUACAACUACUACAAGAUGGGGAAAUUCGAAGAGGCCUUGAAAUGUUUAGAAGAAAAUAACAACAAUGGCCUGAACUCUUCAGAUUUGUACAAGAUUGAUCUUAUCCUUAUCAAACAGGGGUACAAUUACUUACAAAGAGGUGGGUUUGGAUUAGAUUAUGCAGGUGAUGGGGAAGAAAAAAAUAGCGAGAACGAUUUUCAUAACGACUUGAUUGAACUUCAAAUCAAAGGGGUCCGGAUUUUGGCAAAUCUGUCUGAACCCUUUGAGAAGGUCUGUCUCAUGUUGUUGAAUUUGCAAGAUCAUUUGAAGAUCGAAACAACAUCUAAGCAACAGCUUCCAACUUCUUCAUUAGACAUAUCUACCUUAAGUAUAGUUUCUCAGAAGCUAUUGCUUGAAUACCUCCUCGAAAAAUUCAGAAUAGCGAGAGACCUUGAAAAAAACAAAAUCAGAAUGGUGGUCUUAUCGAGUUGGAUCGUGGAGCUUAUGUUAAGAAUGAUCAAUAAAUUAGAGACCGACGUAAGUAUUAAAACCGCUUCCCCAGUUUUGGGAUUGGCAAAUGGAGGUUUGAAACACAAUUCAUUAUUUCAGUCUCACAAGAAGAAUUUUGCAACCGGGUUGAAUAAUUCAUUUCAAGAAUUUUUAACCACAAAUUAUAAGUAUUUGGAUAGAGGAACAAUUUAUCAGAUUAUGAAGAUUUCCCACUGCCCGGAUAAGCUUAUCUAUUAUGCUGAAUUGAUCGAGGAUUAUGAAUUCAUCUUGCAGUAUUACUUGGAUAUUAGUGAUUUCUCGAAUUCUUUGAGGAUCAUGACGAAAAUUUAUACUUCUUCUAGUGACGAAUCAAAAGAAAUUAUCUACAGAGCCUCAACGGUAAUGUUGGCAAAUGACCCUAUGCAAACCAUAGAGACUUGGUUAAAAUUUAAUGAGGACAUCAAUCAUGAAAGGCUUUUACCGGCUAUAUUAACGUACAAUAAAAACAAUGAAUCAAUACCUAUAUAUGAGAACUACAGUUUACAGUUCUUGCUGAAGAUAGUUUACGAGAAGUCAAUAAGGAGCGAACAGAUUAAUAAUCAUUAUUUAUCCUUGUUAAUCACUUACCCAGAGAACGAUAAAACGAGCAAGAAGCAAGCAACAAAACAAAUUCUAAAGUUAUUGAAUUUCCUUAGCCAGGAGGCGACUAAGAAGAGACCUACUUACAACGCAAAUUUUAUAUUGAGAUUAUGUUUGACAUACAAGCAAUUUCAACCAGCAGUUUGGAUUUUGAUCAAUGAUAUGAAUUUGUAUGACAUUGCAUUGAGUUUGGCUUUGGACAAUGACUUAACAGAUUUGGGAGAAUAUGUGCUAAGAGCAUAUGAUAACAGUCUUUCGAAGAAAGAGCGCAUCAGUAUCGAAUCAUCAGACAGGAGCUAUGGAAGUGAUGAAUACGAAAAAGAAGAGGACAUCAACUUCAUAGGAAAAGUAAGACUAGAGGAAGAGUCUUACAAUACCAGAAAAAAAUUGUGGUUAAUGUUUGCCAAAUAUUUGGUACAAUUGGUAUGUGAAGGCAAGAUGCCGAAUAUACACUUCGAUGACGAGGUGGAUGUCGAAGAAAGCAAAUCUGUUAAUUCCCAAGCGGAAGUCAAGAAAACUGUUCAAGAUGUUACUAAUGACUUGGUUGAAUCGAUAACAAACGAAAAGAAAGACAAGACAGUCCCUGAUGUUGAUCUGAAACAACUAAACAAAGUUCUUAAAUAUAUCAUCAGCCUUUCAAACUCUGGGCACAGCUCUGGGGUGAUUGGAUUGAAGGAUUUGCUUCCUUUAUUCCCAGAAUCAAUUAUGAUCAACAACUUUAAGGAAGAAAUCGUAAAGUCAUUGAACCAGUAUAACAACAAGAUAAACCAGUUGACUUUGGAAAUGAAGGAAUCAUUGAACAUAUCGUCAAAUUUGAAGCUGCAAAUUAGGGAUUCGAACAAGAUUUCUGAGAAAGCAAAGAUAUAUUCUAUAAUAGAGCCUGGAGAACUGUGUCAAAUAUGCAAGAAGCUAUUGAUAAACAAAAAUUUUAUUUACUUUCCUAACUGUCAUCACGGGCACCACAAGGAUUGUCUUAUCCGAGCUUACAUUAAACUGAAGGGUAACUACAGAUUCAAAAAGAUAUUUCUACAUUUUAAAAAGAACCCAUCAGCAGUGAAUAAACGCGAGUUGGACGAUAUGAUUACUCGUGAGUGUUUAUUAUGCAACGAUGGCAACAUUCUAGUGGUAGAUAAUUCUUUAAUAGACUCUGACCGCGACCAAUCUGAAUUGAUAGAGUGGGAAUUGUGA